UUCACUAUUUGGACGUGACCAUACCUAGUGAAUUCAAUUAUUCAUAAUAUUUAUUCUCAUUGAUUCCGGACUUCAUCGAUAAUUCCACAAGCCAGUUGUGCUGCUGGACUUUAUAGCCAAACAGGUUCUACCCAGAAAACAGAAGAUGUAACCAGAAAUAAUGCCAGCUCUGAGAACCAAAAACAACUUCAAUGGGAAAAAUAUGCCACCUAAUGGAUUAUACAUCCACUCCAGUCCACCGAGGGUGCUUCAGAUGGGCCCUGCUCACAUCAAGCAAGCUGUGAGAAGUGGAGAUGUCGACAAGCUGGAGCAAAUUGUUCUAGAAGGCCACGGGAAGAAACUCUUGAACGAACAUUCUUCAGAUUAUAGGACGCGGAUGUAUUUGAAGUCCGUGCCAAUGAUUUUGACACAAAUAGGUCUUCUGCACGAUGCUGUGAACAGCGGUAACUUGGACGAGCUCAAAACCACUCUGGAUUACAACAAGGAUAAAAAGAAAAAACUGGUACUUGCCAAAGAUGAAAAUGGUGUUGGACUUCUUCAUAAAGCAAUAUACUAUGAUCUGAAAGAUAUUUACAAAUAUUUGAUCGAGAAAUUCCCUAAUACCGUGUCUCAGAAAGAUAUGGAAGGGAGAACCCCCUACCACUAUACUGCUGCUUGUAAAGAUCCAGCUUCGGUCCAGAAGAUGCUGCUGAACGCAGGUGCUGAUUUCUCAGUGUUAGAUCUGAGGCAACACUCUGGGAAAUAUUACAUGAAUCAUGUCAAUGAGCUGGAGCUUCCUAGUGCCCAAAGUUCAGCCAGCAGUACCAGAAAGACUAUAACAAGUCACGAAGGUCUGAACUUCAAGAAGUCGAACAUCAGGAUAUGGAUUCAUCAGAGGAAUCUCGGGAAUCUGCAGCAGGUUGUCUGGGAAGGCAACGGCGCAAAGUUGUUACCGGAACACAGUAAUAACCCGAAGAUUAAGAAGUUUUUGGACGCUGUACCUCAUAUUAUGGGUCUAGUGAAAGAGAUCCACACAGAUGUCAUCAAUGACGACCUAGACGCUCUUAAAUCUAGAAGGGCUGGUGGUAACAUUCCUUCCAUCGUUUACUAUGGAAAGGAUGCCAACGGUUUAACACCUCUCCACAAGGCUGCAGGAUUAGGUCGGACAGAAAUAGCAGAAUAUCUCCUAGAACAAAAUCCGAAAUCCUUAGACGCUGUAGAUAAUGAGGGUAGAACUCCCCUUCACUACUCCUCGCUACUCAAGGACAAUGGAAAAAUGGCGAAUUUCCUCAUAGAAAAUGGCGCUGACGAGUCGGCCCUGGAUUCGAAACAGAAAACCGCCGCCUACUACAGAACUAGAGCAUCAGAAUUAGACGCAAAGUUGCUUCAAGUGGUACCAGAAUGUCCGAGGACAGCUAAGGGAGAAUCCUACCUUUCAAAUUGGGACUGGAGUCUUUUAGCUCCUUCUAUUUCGACAGAAGAUCUUUCUAAACCAAUCAAAAAAGCUAAAGACGUGGUUAUCAACAACAAGAACGGUACGGAAGAAGUUAAAGAUGAGAAACCAAUUGAAGGAAAAGACUCUGAAGAAAAUGGAAACGUCGCUGAUGUAGACACUGAAGAAGAUCAUGCUGAGAAUGGUCACGAAGAAAAUGUUAACAAUAACCACUUGAAUGAUUACCAUCCAAGCGAAGAAAACAAGCCACAAGAUGAUAACAACAACAGUGAUCACUUAGGAAGAGAUGUUUUAGAUGAAAAGCCUGAAGGUGACCCAGUAGAAAGUGUUCAUGAGGAUCAUAAUGGCGUAGAUAAUCAAAAUGGCAUAAAUGAUGAUUUUGAGGAGACCCCUGAGGAACCACUCACUGAAGAUCCACCACUAGAUAAUGUAAAGGAAGAUAAUGUAAAGGACCAUCACGAAGAAAAUAUGAACGAAGAUUUGGAAGAGAAGAAUAAUAUCGAAGAGGACUACGAGGAUGAAACACCAAUUAAAAGAUCCAGACCUAGCAGCACAGCCACCACCAAACCCAUGACAGGAAGCGCUGAAGAGGAAACCAAGGAUGAAUCGAACUCCAAAAAAAGCUCGGCCAAGAGCAAAACCUCAGAUGCAGAACAAGAAGGUGUCAUCGAAGGAGUUGUAGAUGGAGAACAUGAAGUUGAAGUACUCAAUGAGGAAGGUACUGGUGGCACAGAGGAAGAAGAAGUAGAUGUUGAUGCACUUAUCGGAUCUGGAAAUAUGGAGAAACUGGCAGGUUUGGUAUUGAGCGGCAGAGGGAAGUUGUUAGAAGGUAAAAAGAGUGAAAACCCGGAAUUGCAAGCUUUUCUCGAUAACGUGCCGGUGUAUAUGGAAAAAAUAAAAAGGAUUCACCAGGCUGCAAGGAAUGGCAGUUUACGUGAUCUUCAAGCCGCAUUGGAUCGGCGUAAAUUUGCUAUUGCAAGAGACGCAAUCUCCCCUGACAGCGCGUCUCCUCUGCAUGUAGCUAUCAUUUUUGGCAACACCAGUAUUGUUAGAUAUCUCGCAGGACGUUUUCCAGAGACCCUACUGGAGAGUGAUAUCGAUGGAAGGACACCUCUUCACUAUGCGGCCACCAUUGCAGACAACAGCCACUACUAUAACCUACUGAUACAUCUUGGUGCUGAUAUGAGAGCUCACGAUAAGUUAGGACAUGCACCGGAGUAUUACAAAUCAAACCAUUCGGAAAUGUCUCAUAGAAGUCUCUUGGAAAAAUAUGGUGAAGCUCAGUUGGCAGAUGAAAUGCUGAAUGAUAAAGAUGGUGGCGAACCUGACAAAAAACAAGUUGAUAUGCCGUUUUUCGCUACCGAAGAGGGUAGAUAUCUAGCAUCUUCACUUGGAGAUCCCCUCAUAAAAGGCUUAACUGAAGUGGCGAAUAAGAGGCCAGACGAUCCGAUAGCCUACCUCGCUACCUAUCUCUACAAUUUUGCCAACAAUAAAAACAGGAGCCGCCCUAAAACGCAGGAAACAAAGCAAAUCAUACAAGGACCACCUGAUGCCGAAACAGAAAAUGAAGCUGUUCCAUCAUCAAUUGAUGUGGUGACAGUUGAACCUGAGGAGAAUGAAGUAGAAGAAGAUUCGGCAUUCAAUAGUACAAUAAGGGAUGAACACGGCCAGAGUAUGCUCCAUUUUGCGGCUGCUAGAGCUCAUGGUAGAAAUGCCUUAUUUCAGCUUCUUCUAGAGUCUGAAAUAAAUGUAGCAUUCAGAGACGAAUUGUACAGAACUGCUAGGGAUAUAAGUAUACAGGCAAAUGUACCAGAAAACACUGUGGAAAUAGAUAGAUACGUUAUGCAUAUAGCCACUAAAGGAGAAACUGAUAAAUUAGUAGAACUACUCUUGGAUGGAUAUGAUCAUAUAACAGAUAUCGUUGACGAGGAUAAUACGCCCAUAUUUGAAGCUGUAUCUAAGGAAGACCAACCAGAUACUUUAUCUUUUCUCCAAUCAAUCUUAACAUUUGAGGAAAAACGCGAAAGGGUACACCACGUGAUCAGACAAGGUUCUAUAAGAGAUCUGAUGGAACUUUUGGCUGAUGAAAAUGACACCGGAAGCGGAAAGUUGUUAGCUGUCGGUAAAAACAGCUACGGCAGAUGUACCCUCCACAUCGCUGUGCUCUGGCAACAAGAAGAAAUAGUAGAUUACCUUGCUAAUACAUUCCCCGACACCCUUAGCCUGGGGGAUAAUCUGGAAAGAACGGCUCUACACUACGCCAUGGGGGUGGACAAAAUGGAGACUUUAAGUAGAGUUUUGAUAAAAGCGGGUGCGAAAAGAAUUGCCAAGGAUCUGAAGGGUCGACAGCCCACCUAUUACUUCUUGAACAAAUUGGAUAUAGCGAGGUUACAGGAAGAAGAAGAAACUUUUUAACUUGUUGAACUGAACACAUAAAAUAGAAUAUACGAAACAGGGUUGGAGCACCUACAAUUUAAGUAAGCACAAACGUUGGGAUGGAUUGAUAAAGAAUAGUUUUGAUAUCGGGAUUCCAUUGCGAUUUCUCUUAUAUAGAAAUACCAUAAAAUAUUUUGACUGACGUGAACUGGUUGGUUUGAGGCGUGAAGUUGUGAAAGUUGUAGUUGUAGUCUAUUGAUAAAUUUUAUAAGAGGAUUUCCAAGUAUAUAUCUAGAAUAGGAAAGGUUGUUUCUUUACUUCACUAAAGUUAUAUGUUGAUUUAUGAUUUUGUUUUAAGAUUUCUAUUCCAUUUAUAGUUUUUCAAUAAAAUUGUGUCCACAGUUUUU